AUGCGGCCUGCGGCCGUCGGUGAGAUUCUCAUUCAGAAGGCGAAUUGCCCGCUCUCGGACGAGGCGGAGCUCCACGCCGUUCUCACAGACGCCAGGGCGGCCGCGGCGGCGAGGAAUGUAUUGUUAUCUGGGGAUGCGUGGCGCACUGUGCGUUUGCUUGCCUCCGCCGCUCGCUGCACACUGCAAGCGGGGCGCGGGGACUUUGCGCUACCACUCAUCACGACCGCUUUUGAUCUCUGCCCUGAGCCGUUUCGGCGGUUGGCGUCAUUGCAGAAUGAGAAGGAGGCGAUGGAAGGAUGUGCUCUGGUGCGUCCCAUGCUUACCGCGGCUAAAUCGGAGGGUGUUGGACAGGACGUGCCAGCUGUUGUUUGUACCGCGUUGAUGGUGUGGCACGGCGCACUCGCGUCUACGGCAUCGACAAGUAGUUGCCCGCGUGGGUUUUUCCGAUUUUCCCACGUUGCUGGCGAAAUCCUUACAGAGCUUGCAAUGGACGCAUCAACUCUUGAUAAGUUGGCUGAGUGUUGGCUGUACAACACACUUGCCUUUGCUGAUCGCUCCAAGAACACAAAAGCGGCGGCUUUUUACCUCUUGGAAGAGCUUCAAGAUGAAAUCCAGACUCCUGAGUUGCGGGAGAGAGAUGAGUGGGGGUUGGUUUGCUCUGCCGGUAGGAAUGCAUGCGUGCGCGUGGGUCUUCAUGGACCCCAAGUGGUUGCAAAGUGGGACCGUCUCUGUAUGAAUUUGUAUGCUGAGGGGUGCGCACUUCUCCAUGCAUCUCAGGAGGAGGUGCAACGUCGUGCCUCCGGCGCUAUGAGUAUUUUGAGGAAGUCUUUUGCCACGGAGAAGACGUGCUAUCUAAUAGAUUUCCGACGACCACUCCAAAUGUCAUCCCAAGAAGCCACUCUUCUCAGAGACGCUGCUGCAAGUACAGAUCUUUGCGUCCCCCGAGAAGAUUUUACCCCGAUUCGUGUGGCGUGUUUCUUGAAGCAAUUUACUGGAAGGGAAGGGUGCAACUCUUCCGUCAGCUUUCCCUUUGCUUCAGUUUCUAGUGUGGUGUCCAUUGCGCAACGGCAUCGCUAUGCUGACAUCGCAAUAGAGCUUAUUCGAACGGGGUCAGCACCAAGUUUGGGCGAUGACUCGUUGCUGCUAUGGGGGACUGAACUGGAGUGCCUUAUUAACAGAGCGGUGGGGAGCGACGGUGCAGGUGUAGAAUGUGCACCACGAGAGCGGGCUUCCACGCAUGUACACUUCGGAGUGCCGAGCCCGCUACUGCAUGAAAUUGCUCAGGAAUGGCGUGCCACAGACGUGCUGCGGAUCCUUGCGUCAUCACAGACGGUUGAAGAUAAGCUGCCGGCGGGAUUGACGAUGAUCCGUGGCGACAGAACGAUUGGGCAUCAAAUACUGCGAGACAAAAUUGUUCCUUCUUUUGUCCUUGAUGGACUCUCGCGUCUGAUCGUCUGCCUAGUGGAUGAGGGAGAUCUGCCACUUGCAAGGUGUUUUAUUCCUCUUGUGGCGGGCAUCUGUGAGCGGAUGUCGUCACAGGCAAAUCUUCUUGUAACUUUACAUGCGAUUGCUGCUUUUGCACAGGGCUGCCACUAUGAUGAUACGGAUGGAUACUGGACGACUGUAACCCGCGUCCUACUCCCAGUGCUUCUGCCCCGCUCUUCCGGAAUGUCACCGCCGUAUCGGCAAACGAAAUCAGUAGUUGCGGGACGCACAUUUUCUUUGCGGCGUCGUGUGUUUGAUGCAUUUUGCGGCACUUUUCACACGAGAGAAAAUGUUCAUUCGCAUUGCCAGCUGCAGGUGCUUUUGACAAGCGAUCAUGAGGGUGUGCAACUCAGCCGUAGCAGCGGUGUGGAGGGGAUGACGGUGUGGGAGAAGGUUUUGCCAGUUGGAAGGACUUUGCUGGAAAUGGUGGCGAGGAUGCGUGAAAUAGAGGCGCAGAACCGGCGGCACCUUGAAGCUACCCUCUACAACAAGGAGGUCUCUUUGUUGGGGAAGGAGAAGAUGGAGGCGCCUUCCGACGCCACAGAAGCAUUCAGCAACAGUGAGGUGGAGAGGCAAAGCAGAAAGGCGAGAGCUGAGUGGUGGGAGCAGCGACAGGCGUUCGACAGCGCAAUACGAAAGGUUGUCGAGAAGCUGCAAUCCGACGAGUGUUUUGGAUGCUGGCGUGUGGCGAUGUGCGGUGAUUUGCCCCCUUCCUGUCUUUUAGAGCUGAAACGGGUGGCCGCCCAAUUAAUUCAUGACAUUGGCGCACCCGCGCACCAUAUGUUGGACGUGACGCUGAUUUUGGCUGGACUUCCCUUCUUGGGGACGCGCUUUUGCGCCGGAGGCAAAUUGUUAUUUAGUCCGUCCCACGGAAGUGCGGAGGGCAAAUGUGCCUCGUGUGAUGAGGUAUUGUGCAAUCUCUCUGGGGCGCUGGAAAUCGAGCUUCUCAAAAAUGGCAUUGCUGCACCUUCAACUGGUCUUCUUUCUGUUUUGCGUGGAGCGUGCCUCUGCGCACUAGCAACGAUGUGUAAAACGAUUUCAGUUGCGUGUGAGUCGGAAUUGGGGCAUUUGGAUCUGUUUUCUCUUUCGCGUUCCUCUUUAUACCUUGUAUUGGACAAUGAACUUCAUGCUCUUCCACUUGAGGGCAUGGAUGUCCUGUUGACCGGAAAUGUUGCCCGUGUUCCAACAUCGACAUUCAUUUCCACUAGUAAAGCAGAAUCGUUAGAUAUUUGUGACGGCGGAGUGUAUUGUGUCAUUGACCCCGCUGGUGACAUGCCAAAGACAUCAAAACGUCUUCUCCCUGUCUGCCAGAGAACUGGAUGGAAAACAAGUACGCAGUCUGUGCCCUGCGGCAAGCUUAUGCACGAGCUUUACUCAUAUCGUGCAAAAGCCUAUUUUUAUGUCGGGCACGGAAAAGGGGAACGCUUCCUACACCGCGGAGAACUGUAUGAACGGCUUCCUGAUCCAGAAGAGUUCCCUGCUGUCUUCCUUAUGGGCUGCAGCAGCGCGUAUAUGGAGGGUGGCGCCUCAUAUGAUUCGUACGGUAUGCCCUACGCCUUUUUGCAUGCGGGAUGUCCAUUGUUUCUGGGAUGCCUGUGGCAUGUGACCGAUGGUGAAAUUGAUCGAUUGACAAAACGACUCCUAUUAUUGCUUGCAGGAGAAGCUGUUAAUGAUGGUGAUGGUGCCUCCUUACUCCCUCCGCGGACCGUUGGAGAGGCUCUCGCAUUAGCAAGGCGUGCCUGUAAGCUGCCAUUUCUCACGGGGUGCGCUGCAGUUCUGUACGGCACAAAUCUUUCCUUGGAGAGAACUGUUGAUGGAUGA